CAACCAAAGAUUUCUUCUUCGAUCGGAUUCCGUCGACUGUUUCCAUUCUCCGUCGCCGUUGUUGUUGAUAUCAGAUUCACCUUAUGAGCUGGUUCGACAAGCUGCGUUGUUCCUCUAAUCACAGCCGCUUCAUUGCCGGCCUCUUGAUCUUCAUUCUCUAUCAUUCUUUUCAGUUAGUUUCCAAUUUCCUGACUCCUAUACACCCGUAAUCCUGUUUUUUCCCUCCGAUCUGUUUCGUCAAAAAUCAUUUGCUUUUCUGUGAUUUCUCCGUUGAUGGAUUCCGACGACUCAUUCUCCAACCAUCUACUCAAUGGAACUGUCACCUCACUGAUCGAGAGACAGAACAGUUCGAUUCCUUCUGUUAUUGUGAUCGGCGGUGGAAUUUCAGGGCUUGCUGCCGCAAGAAUUCUUCAUGAUGCAUCUUUUAAGGUUAUACUGCUUGAAUCACGAGAUAGACUUGGUGGUCGAAUCCACACAGACUACUCUUUUGGUUGCCCUGUGGAUAUGGGAGCUUCUUGGCUACAUGGUGUUUGUAAUGAGAAUCCCCUGGCUCCGCUAAUACGUUCUCUAGGACUUACCUUGUACCGUACUAGUGGUGACAAUUCUGUGUUGUAUGACCAUGAUCUGGAAAGUUAUAUGCUCUUUGAUAUGGCUGGCCAUAAAGUUCCACAGCAGAUUGUCAUUGAAGUUGGGGAUGUCUUCAAGAGGAUUCUCAAAGAGACAGAAAAGGUUAGGGAUGAACAUUGUAAUGACAUGUCUGUUCUUCAAGCGGUAUCAAUCGUUUUAGAUAGACAUCCUGAAUUAAGACAAGAAGGACUGGCCCAUGAAGUGCUGCAGUGGUACAUAUGCAGAAUGGAAGCUUGGUUUGCUGUAGAUGCAGAUAUGAUAUCCCUGAAAUGCUGGGAUCAGGAGCAUGUUCUUUCUGGCGGUCAUGGACUUAUGGUGCAAGGUUAUGGCCCUGUAAUACAGGCUCUAGCUAAAGAUAUUGAUAUCCGCUUGAAUAAUAGGGUUGCGAGAAUAUCCAAUGGAUGUAAUAAGGUGAUGGUUACAGUUCAGGAUGGAAUGACCUUUGUUGCUGAUGCUGCUAUUAUAACAGUACCCCUUGGAAUUCUUAAAGCAAAUUUAAUUCAGUUUGAGCCAAAAUUGCCUGAGUGGAAGGUUUCUGCAAUUUCAGAUAUUGGUGUGGGCAGCGAAAACAAGAUUGCCUUACGGUUUGACAGUGUCUUCUGGCCAAAUGUGGAAUUCUUAGGCAUAGUUGCACCAACUUCUUAUGCUUGCGGUUAUUUUCUCAAUCUUCACAAGGCAACAGGACAUCCUGUCCUUGUCUACAUGGCUGCUGGAAGGUUUGCUCACGAUCUUGAGAAGCUAUCUGAUGAGUCUGCUGUAAAUUUUGUGAUGUUGCAGCUAAAGAGAAUGUUUCCUGAUGCAACCAAACCGCCUUGUCAUGUCCCUGUAAAGAUGCUCUAUACUAAUCUUAGUUUGCCCUCUCUGAAUCAGGUUCAAUAUCUUGUAUCACACUGGGGAACGGACCCGAACUCUCUUGGUUGCUACUCGUAUGACCCAGUUGGUAUGCCUGAAGACUUGUAUGAAAGGCUUCGAGCUCCCUUAGGUAAUCUAUUUUUCGGAGGGGAAGCUCUUAGCAUGGAGAAUCAGGGAUCUGUUCAUGGAGCUUACUCUGCUGGAGUUAUCGCUGCUGAAAACUGUCAGAGGCAUCUAUUACAGAGGCUAGGUAACUUGGUGAAGCUCCCACCACUCUCUUUCAGGCAAGGAAUUUUAGAAUCUACAUUUCCCCUUCAAAUCUCCAGGAUGUAAACGCUUAUCAUGGGAUAGUUAUGAUGGAUUGGAGGGUAAUAAGUCUACCAUGACUGAUCUUCUGAUCUAAAUAAGCAUCACCUCCUACGAGUGCUAGUCUUUUAUUUAUUUAUUUUUGGAUGGAACCAUGGAUGCUAGUUAGUUUAUGAAGAAGCGUUUUUAUUAUGAACUGGAGAAGAAAAUGGUAAUCUUGAACCAACAUUUCUCUUAUCAGCAUGAAUUUUAUAUAAUUUAAUAGCAUGGAAUAAUUACAUUGCUCUUUU